AUGUCUGAUUACAAGCGACACGCCACAGUAGGCUCCAGUUACCAAAACUACCGCAUUGCACGGGACACUGAAAUUGACCAGUUGUCUUACGAGAACAGUGAGCCUGCGCCAGCCGAAUUCUACGCCAAUUAUGUCAACCGUCGCUGUCCUGUCAAGCUCACAGGAUUCCCUGGCAUAUCUGGCGCUGGCGGCGCAAUUGAUGUUGCCAGCUUCAUGCCGGGGCAGUUGCAGGCCACGCUAGCGUAUACGGGAGAAUUGCAGGUGGAGAAAAAGUUUAAACACGGCUUUGGCUCGGGCCAGGAACGGCUUAAAAUGCCUGUGGGCAAGUUGAUGGACUUGUUCAAGGAGGGAAGCGGGGAGUACUAUCUCACGACGCAGUACGAGCACGAGGACGAGGAAGAGGAGGGGAGUGAAAAUGAGAGUGAAAACGUGGGAAGUGGCGACGAGAUAAGAGAUGAAAAUGAUGAGAGCUCCGACGACGAAGAUGACGACUCCAUUGAUAUGAAUAACCUCCAUGACGACUUCGAAGACGACAACUCUUCCAUUGAUAUGAACGAUCUUCGUGACGACUUCGAAGACGACAAUACCAUCACUCCAGAAGAGAGAACCCAUAGGAUAAGAGAGCUUUUGCAGCCUCCGUUGACCAACUUGAUCCACAAGCCUGACAUCCUUCCAUUGGUGCCCAACAUCUUAUCAAAACUCAUCCCCCAGCAAAUCAAUCUCUGGAUGGGCCAAUCAGGACCAACGGCACCAGAGGUGGUCGUUGACCCCUCCGACAAAACGUGUGGCCUCGGCAAGUACAUUCCAGGUACCAGAGGCUCGUCCUCAGGCUUGCACCACGACCAUGCAGACAAUUUGUACAUCUUGGUAUGUGGAAAGAAACGGUUCACGUUGUUCAGCCCAGCAGACGCCCUGAAGUUGUACACUGUGGGUGAGAUCUACAAGGUGUACAACAGUGGGAUUAUUGACUACGAGACCAACGAAAGAGCACCCAACUGGCGACACAUCAGAGACGAUGGUGCCAUCAUUGAGGAGGUGAUCAGAUGGCAAUUGGACCAGCUCGAAGACACGGACGCAGACAGCGAAAAACACAAGCAAUUGUUGAAACAGCUCGACUUCGAGCACAAGAGGUCGAGAAAGGUGAACUCUGGAGGUCCCAAGCUCGAUCCUCCCAAUUUCUCGACCAUUCCACCAGGAUUGCUCCAUAUAGACGAGUUCCAAGACCCCGAAACCCGCAAAGAAUUGGUGCAGUUUGCCCACAAGCACUUCCCGGGCUUUUUGGAGUUGAAUCGGUUCACGGUGUGGUUGGAGCCGGGCGACAUGCUCUACUUGCCUGCUGGAUGGUUCCACGAGGUGUCGAGCUUUGGCGAGGACGACAAGGACAACGUGCAUGUUGCAUUGAACUACUGGUUCAUUCCGCCGAAUACAGACGACCCUGCACGGCCCUACAGCGACGAGUACUGGACGCAAGACUGGGAAAGGACACAGGAGUGCAUUGAAGGCGAGAGACAGCUGGGACAUACAUAG